AAUCAUUCCGGAAGGUACGUCACAAGUGCUUCCGGUUGAAGAGGUCAUACAAUAUGGCGCCGUCUAACAAGAAACAUGCUACAGAGAAGGCGUGUGUUAUUCCUGGAGGAUUCACAGUGUUGUCCUUACAGUUCAGCUCAGACAGCGUUGCUCAGCACUCUCUGUAUGUGAAGGAGCAUAAAGUCCGAACCGAGAAGAGUUCCUACAGGCCGCUGGAUCGGACCUUAUUUGUCCUCAACGUUCCUCCAUACUGCUCAGAGAGUGUCGUCAAAGACUUAUUCUCCCGGUUUGGCAGCAUUACUUCAGUAGAGCUGAGGGAUCACCCUGGCUCCUCUGAGGAUUCCGGACCCAAACUUUCCAAAAUCUUCAGACCAGUUAGCAAACAGGGUUUCAAAGUUGGCUACAUUGUGUUUGAAAGCCCGUCUAGUAUAGGAGCUGCUAAAUCUCACCCACAUGAUGAUCCUUUGGUGGUCAGUACAGAGCAGCGGCCAGUGGAAACAGGAAUACAAAAAUGGAUCCAUCAGUACACAAAGUCCUUCAUUCACCCUGACAAACUGCAGUUGACAGUCGACUCAUUCAUGCAGGACUACGACAGGCGGAAAGAAGAGGAGGCUGAACGCCAGAGACAGGAAGCUGAGAAACAGCAGGAGGACGAGGAGGGCUGGGUGAAAGUCACAAGAGGCCACAAAGGCGCCAUGGCUCGGCCUCACAGCGAAGCUGCCAACCAGAGGACUCUGCAGAGGGAGGGCAGGAAGAAUAAGAGGAAGGAGUUGAUGAACUUCUACACCUGGCAGCACCGGAAUACGCAGAAAGAACAUAUUGCUGAACUGAGGAAGAAGUUUGAGGAGGAUAAACAGCGGAUAGCUCUGAUGAGAGCACAGAGGAAGUUCAAACCUUAUUGACCAAAAGCCCCUUUUUGGUUCAGUUCACCGUUUCUGAUCACAAACAUAAGAUUAUGUUAUUAAUUAACGUUUGUUUCUGUUUCAUGGCUAUUAAAUAACGGAUUCCAAACGACACCAUGGGGAAGGGUAGCAGUUUGUAAACUGUAAAGGUUUAUGUGUUUGUUUUGAUAUAACGGAAAGUUUUGUUCCUACAUUUUUUUUUUUUUCUCAUAACAGCUUUUGAAGUUUUUGGAAGGUAAACUCCUUCAUAAUUAUUGGGACUUUUAUUAUAUAAAGUUUUGCAUAAAUGUGAAGCAAAACAAUGCAGAGUUCAUUAUUUGACUGUCUAAAAACUGCAUGCAUACACAUCGAUCUAGCUGGACAUUGGUUUGCAAAAAUAUUCAUACCGCUCAAAAUGUGGCUCAAGCUCAGUCUGAUCAAAUGAAAAACAUUUGUAACAGCAGUUUUUUUUUUACUUGUCACAUAUUCUCGAUUAGGUUUAGGUCUGGACUAUGACUGGACCAUUUUAACACAUCUAAUAAAACAGAUUAAACCAAAUGAGACAUUUUCACAGCGCAGAUUCCAUUCUACCAUGGUCUGGUUGGUGUGUCACGACAUGGUGCCAUCACUUUCAUUUCCUCAUUAUAUUCUGGCUCUGUAAGUCACAAAGAGUUGUUUUGGAAGCCUGGCAUUAUGCUGCUUCUGAAUAAAGAUGUGGCUGUUAUGAUACAAAGAAUUCAGACUAGAGGACUUGGUCCCCUGCAAUGUCUACAGGCCAUUGUUUCUCAGUAACAUCACUCCAUGAUUGGCUGGUCACUCAGGACAUAGCAUGGUUGAAGAAUCAUGUGGAAAGGACUAAUAGAUGCGUUAAAGAGAGCAACAUAUUUUACACUGUUAUCCUUUUAAGUAUUGCAGAUAGUUUCAAGCAGCUUUUUACAGAAGCCUGAUUAACUUGAUCUAAGCUUGGGGUAAGGACCUGACUGAGAGGUAAGGUGCACUUAGGAAGAUCAAAUGGGUGAUGUGCAGAGCUCCCUCUCCACACCACCUUCUAGCUUCCCUAUAGAUUCAAAGCAAUGUAAUACUUCAUGUGACUGAAUAUCGGUGCUUGGAAUAAAACUGCAUUUUUUACAUUAAACAGUUCAUUGGUUCA